AUGUCCUCAAUCCGAAUAAUCCUCCUACUCGUAUUGACGCCAACAAUUUUUGCACAAUGCUUUGCACCAAACCCAAGAAACCCAAAACAGUUGAAUCCAGUCGCCUGCGAAUUGAUAACUGAAACGGAAAACGCUAUUAACUUUAAUACCAUUCGAUCGCCGACGAGCAUGUUUAGUUUUAACUUGACUUGUAUUGCUAACGAUACAAUUUGUGAAAAAGUUGAAAAUGCUCUUGAAUAUGCGAUUAAUGUCGUUUCCUCGUAUUUGAUAUUAAACACACCAAUCAUUCUUAAUGCGAGUUUCACUUCUUUUUGUGGACUCAUACCGAAUUGCUCCGACUCGGACGUUUUGGGUCUCGGUUCACCUUCCAGAUGGUUAUUAAUGCAAGAUGAUGAUGAUGUUCAACGACUUUAUCCGCAAGCUCUCGUGAAGCAAUUUCAAUUAAAAACACACUUGGCAUAUGAUCAAGCCGAUAUUUUGGUGGAUUUUAAUUCUGAUAAUUCUUAUUGGUUUGAAGGUGACCCGCCGAUAAG